GUCUCGCACACUCACAGAAAAGUGGUUCUCAGAAAAGAGAAAGAGAGAGAGAGAAAAAAGUGGUUUCGUUUGGAGACGUUAUCGGAUUUCAAAUCUCCUAUUCGCCGGAAUUUGGGAACUCCGUUCACGUCCGCCACUAGGGUACCCUGCUGGUAGGAACAGCGUAUAGAUAAAUUACUCGAAGUUGAAAGAGAGAGAGAGUCAGUCAGUCACAGAGGAGGAAAGAGUUCAUUUCCGAGCGACGUCGUAUUGAAGACUUGGAAAAAAUAGGGAUUUUGAAGAAGCUAGUGUUUCCUUUCGGAGACGCUAGGGGACUGAUUCCGGUGGGGUUUCGGUGUGCUUAUGAAGUUGAAUUGGCGAUCUGUAAUUCCAGGCUUUGCUGAGGGGCAGUUGUGGAAAGUUUCGUGAUGUUCGCGACGCCGCAGAAGAAGGUGUGGUCCGGCUGGUCGCUCACGCCCAGAAGCGGGGCCCAGAAGGUCGGAGUCGGGUCGGGUCCGAACUCGGACUCCGGCGCCGACGGGAAGGGAAAGAGCGUAGUCGUGACGCCGAAUUCGGGUUUGGUAGUGGAAAAUGGUGGGACAAAUGUCUCGGUGGAGGCGGGCGGGGACACGGAAUCACUGGCCGAGAAUUUUUCGAGGCUUGAAAACGAGCUUUUUGACUACCAGUACAAUAUGGGACUUCUUUUGAUUGAGAAAAAGGAGUGGACUUCGAAGUAUGAAGAACUUACACAGGCAUUAGCAGAAGCAAAAGAUGCCCUUAAACAAGAACAAACUGCUCAUUCCGUUGCAAUAUCUGAAGUUGAGAAGCGAGAGGAGAGUUUGAGAAAGGCCCUGGGUGUUGAGAAGGAGUGUGUACUUGAUCUUGAGAAAGCUUUGCGUGAAAUGCGUUCAGAAAAUGCAAAAAUCAAGUUUACCGCUGAUUCUAAGCUGGCUGAAGCAAAUGCUUUAGUCACUAGCAUUGAAGAGAAAUCUUUGGAGGUAGAGGCAAAAUUGCGAGCUGCUGAUGCCAAGCUUGCUGAGAUGAGCAGAAAGAGUUCAGAAAUUGAGAGAAAAUCACAGGACUUAGAGGCUCGAGAAGCUGCACUUCGAAGGGACCGCUUAUCCUUUAUUUCUGAGCGAGAUGCUAAUGACUCUACUUUGUCUAAGCAAAGAGAGGACUUGCGGGAAUGGGAAAGAAAAUUGCAAGAGGGAGAAGAAAGACUAGCCAAGGGUCAAAGAAUUCUUAACCAAAGAGAGGAGAGGGCAAAUGAGAAUGAUAGGAUUUUCAAGCAGAAAGAAAAGGAACAUGAAGAGGCACAGAAGAAGAUUGAUGCAACUAACAUUAGUUUGAAAAGGAUGGAAGAUGAUAUAAGCAGCAGGCUUUCAAAUUUAACUUUAAAAGAGAAGGAAUUUGAUGCUAUGAGAAAAAACUUGGAGAUUAAAGAGCAGGAGCUGCUUGCAUUGGAAGAAAAGCUCAAUGCUAGAGAAAGAGAUGAGAUUCAGAAGCUUCUUGAUGAACACAAUGCCAUUCUGGAAGCAAAGAAGCGUGAAUUUGAGCUGGAAAUCAAUCACAAGAGAGAAUCCCUGGAUGAUGAGUUAAAAAGCAAGGUGGUUGAAGUGGAGAAGAGGGAAGCUGAAGUUAAUCACAUAGAGCAGAAAGUUGCGAAAAGAGAGCAGGCAUUAGAAAAGAAAUGGGAGAAACUUAGGGAAAAAGAGAAAGGCCAUGAGUCAAAAUUGAAAGACCUGAAGGAAAGGGAGAAGUCCAUCAGAUCUGAAGAGAAGAAUUUGGAGAGUGAGAGGAAACAAAUUCUUGCUGAUAAAGAGGAUUUGCUUAGUCUUAAGGCUGAAGUUGAGAAGACAAGGGCUGACAAUGAUGAAGAGCUGUUGAAGAUACGUGAAGAGCAGGAUCGGCUUAAAGUAAGUGAAGAAGAGAGGUCAGAAUAUGUUCGCUUGCAAUCAGAAUUAAAACAGGAGAUAGACAAUUACAGGCUUCAGAAAGAACUGCUUCUGAAUGAAGCUGAAGAUUUAAAGCUGCAAAAGGAGACUUUUGAGAGAGAGUGGGACGAGCUGGAUGAGAAAAGAACUGAGAUUAAGAAAGAGCUGAAAGAAGUGACUGAACAGAAGGAAGAAGUAGAAAAAAUGAAACACUCUGAAGAAGAAAGACUAAAGAAUGAGAAGUUGGCAAAUCAGGAAUAUAUACAGAGGGAGCUGGAAGACCUUAAAUUGGCCAAAGAAUCUUUUGCAGCUCAAAUGGAGCAAGAGAAGUUGGCAAUUGCUGAAAAAGAUGAAAGUGAGAGAAGCCAAAUGCUUCAUGAUCUUGAGCUGCGGAAAAGACAACUCGAGACUGAUAUGCAGAAUCAGCUGGAGGACAAGGAAAGAGACUUGCGUGAGAGGGAGAAAUUAUUUCAAGAAGAAAGAGAGAGAGAAUUAGACAAUAUUAAUUACUUGAGAGAAGUAGCUAGGAGAGAAAUGGAAGGAAUAAAACUUGAGAGAGUUAAAAUAGAAAAAGAAAGACAAGAAGCCGAUGAAAACAGAAAGCAUCUUGAGAAGCACCAAGUGGAAAUGCGAAAAGACAUUGAUGAGCUUGCUGGCCUUAGCAGGAAGUUGAAAGACCAGCGUGAACAAUUUAUUAAGGAGAGACAACGCUUCAUUUCAUUUGUUGAAAAACUCAAGAGUUGUGAGAACUGUGGUCAAAUCAUCUCUGAGUUUGUGCUCUCUGACUUAGAAUCUUUAUCUGAAAUUGAGAAUGCAGAGGUUCCUCCUCUGCCAAGACUGGCUAAUAUUUAUUUGAAGGAGGGUGGUCAUGGAAAUGUGGCUGCUUCUGAAAGGCCAAACAGUGAAGUAUCUCCAGUUGUCAGCUCAAGAUCUCCAGUUUCUGGUGGAACUGUAUCUUGGCUACGCAAAUGCACCUCCAAGAUUUUUAUUUUCUCGGCAAGUAAAAAGAUCGAGUCUGCUGCUAUUCAAAAUUUGGUGGAGGAGGCGCCUUUGUUUUGCCAGAAUGUUGAUAUGGAAGAACCAUCCAAGAGGAUAUUUAGCAGUGAAAAUGAUGCAGAGCUAUCUCUUGGUGUUGCAGCUGGUUCUUUUGAUGUCCAGAGGAUCCAAUCUGACAACAGCAUCAGAGAGAUAGAAGCCAGCCAAGAUCCAUCAGCUGAUGAUCAAAGCAACAUCAAUAGUAAGGUGCAAGAAGUUGCAGAAGAUUCACAGCCAUCUGAUUUGAAUGGUGGUCAGCACAAACCUCGCAAAAGAGGGAGGCCAGGGCAUAGGGUUCAUAGAACACGCUCUGUGAAAGCAGUUGUCAAUGAUGCUAAGGCUAUACUUGGGGAACCUUUAGAAGCAAAUGAGAUUGAUUAUCCGAAUGGGAAUGCUGAGGGUUCUUAUAAUAAUGCCGAAAGUCGUGGUGAUUCUAGUCUUGCAGAUGAGGGACUACCAAAAAAUGUACGGAAGCGGAGUCGUGCUCAGACAUCUCAAAUCAUGGGGAAUGAGCAUGAUGGCGAUGAUAGUGAAGGGCGUUCUGAUAGUGUUGUGGGUGGCCAGCGCAGGAAAAGGCGACAGAAAAUUUCUCCAGCUGUGCAAAUUUCAGGUGAAAAUCGAUAUAAUCUCCGGAGACCCAAAACUGGAGUUACUGUCAGAGCUGCUAGAGCCACAUCUGGCCUUAGCAAAGAAUAUAAGGAAGAGACUGAUGGUGUUAGAGUAACAGAGGAGGAAAUUCUUUACUCCAAAGCUGCUCCUGCACUUUCAAUCGGAGCUGCUAGUGAGAAUGGUGGAAGCAGUCACUUUGUGCGGUGUGAGAGGAUUACAGACACGAAGGUUGGCGAUGUUGAUCCAACAAAAAAAGCAGUUGAGAUAAACACAGCCAUGAGUGAAGAGGUGAAUGGGACACCGGAAGGGGCAGUGGAGUACGUUGAUGGAGAUGAGUACAGAAGUGAAUCCCAUGGUGACGAUGCCGUUGGGGUUGAUGUCUUGGAUGGGGACGACGAUGAGGAUGAAGAGUCUGAACAUCCUGGUGAAGUCUCAAUUGGAAAGAAGCUCUGGACUUUCCUCACAACAUAAUAAAUGCUGGAUCCAGUGCCAUACAGUGGCUUUGUGUGGAUCUUGACUGCAUGUACUUUUUUAGAUAUGCUUUUAGGAGUUUCCUGAUGUGUAGUAGUGUGUAUCAACAAUUCAAAUGUAGUUAGAAGCUCGGAAGUAUUCAGUUGGGGAAUGAGUUUUUCUCUCCCCACUUUAUUUUUCUUUCUAGGAUUUAGGCUUUUGGGGGGAGGGGGGUGUUUCUAUUUUUUAAUGAAAGUCCUAGAUAUUUUGAUGUAGUAGUAAGCCAGUGCAUAUUUUUAACACUUGACUCUCAAUUUACACUCUUCCAAUUGUUUGUAUCAAAUGACUUUUUUGCUCUGGAAUGAUUAUUUGAAUCCUGUGA